GCUAGGAGACGUGUGUUUAGGACUGAAGGGAGAUGGCGGCGGGGGAGGUUGAACAGGGCACCGCAGAGCCGGGGCUGCUGGCACCCGGGGUCGGACCCGACUGGGAGUCUGCCCUCUUUGAUGAGCUCAGUGACCUGGUUGACACAGAUGAAAUACAGCUGGAUGUGGAUAAUGAGAUUUAUGAAAACAGUCUUUAUAACCUCGACUUCGAUUUGGACUUGAUGUCUUGGGAUUCAGGCCCUUGGGAUGUGACAAGCCAUACUUGUAUAGAUGAAAACUUGAAGGAAGAGCCUCAGUCGCCAGCCACUUCAAUUUGUUCAGUCCCUUCACCAUUAUCAGACUCUUCAGUGCAGCAUGUACCUGAAGACUUGGACUUCAGCACCAGCUCCGAGAUGUCUCCUCUCUCUCUGUACAGCAAGAAAUCUGGAAGUCAGAAAGAUAAAAAGCUCACUUCCAGUGCUGCACACCAGCCUGCAAACAGCUCUGUGGGGACACCAAAAAGAUCUAGUCAGACAACAUCCAAACCUUCAAUUCAACCCAAGCCUCUCUUGCUGCCUGCAGUACCUGAAGCUCAGGCCAGCCUUGGCAUUCAGGCUAAAGCCAUCAUUAUUCAGGCUCUUCCAGCGCUUUUGCCACUGACAAAGCAGCAGCCAGUUGUUAGUAUCCAACCGGCCCCUCCUAAAGGUCAGCCACUGGUGCUUUCUCAGUCCACUAUGGUGCCGCUCCAGACUCCUGGAGUUCAUCCUGCAUCCCAGCCGGUCAUUGCUGUCACUGGAGGGACCACGCAGCUGUCCAGUCACACUGUGAAUGUACUGGCACCAGCUACAGGAAGCAGUUCAGUGAGUGGAAAAAUAGCGCUGGCUAAACCCCUCCUCCAAGCCACUACACAAACUACAGGCAUGGAUAUUAACAUCCUGAGAAGACAGCAACGCAUGAUCAAAAACCGGGAGUCAGCCUGCCAGUCACGCAGGAAGAAGAAGGAAUACAUGUUGGGGCUGGAGGCCAGGCUGAAGGUUGCCUUACUGGAGAAUGAGCAGCUCAAGAGAGAGAAUGGCUCACUGAAGAGGCAGCUGGAGGAAUUGGUGUUAGAGAACCAGAAUCGUAAAAUCCCCUCUCCCAAGAGAAGAGCUGUGUGUGUGAUGGUGAUAUUGGCCUUUGUAAUGUUGAACUAUGGCCCACUCAGUGUAUUUGAAAGGGAUCCCAGUGGAGCUGAACCCAGCGUGAGCCUUGCCCACCGCAGCAGAAAUCUGCUGGAGUUCUCAGCCAGCCAGAAGCUCAACACAGCUCAACAAAUGCCUAACAUCAUCUCCCAGAAUAAGGAGAGGUAUGAACGUUCUGUUUCUGAUAACAAAGCGUUAAUGGUAGUAACAGAAGACCCACUAUUGUAUAUUUCUCCACCACCCUGUCAGCCACUGAUCAACCGGACUGAGUCUCUCAGAUUAAAUCAUGAACUUCGAGGGUGGGUUCAUAGGCAUGAAGUGGAAAGGACAAGGUCUAGAAGAAUGUCAAAUAACCAGCAGCAGAAAACACGAGUUGUCCAGAGCUCUACAGGGGAGAAUGCAGAUUCUCAGCUGAUGGCCAUGCCAAACACAGACCCCAGCAUCAGGAACUCAGGGAAUGAGCUGCAGGUGUAUUAUGCCUCUCUGAGAAAUUACCAAGACUUCUUUGAAGCUAUUCACAGAAGGGGGGAUACAUUCUACGUGGUAUCUUUUCGUAGGGAUCACUUGUUGUUGCCUGCCACCACCCAUAAUAAGACCAGACGGCCCAAGAUGUCUAUCGUGUUGCCAGCAAUAAACAUCAGUGAGAAUGUGAUAAAUGGGCAGGACUACGAGGUGAUGAUGCAGAUAGACUGUGAAGUGAUGGACACCAGGAUUCUGCAUAUCAAAAGCUCCUCCAUACCCUGGUACCUUCGACAACAGCAAGGGAAUCAGACCAACCCCUUCUAUAGCGCUGCUCCCACCGUCCCUGAGACAGCCCACCCCAUGAGAGCAAUCGUGGAAUCACUGCAGUAGCUCCCAGAAGCCUCACAGCUGCAGUCCCUGAGCCUCAGCAAGGAGGCAGAAAUGUUUGGUGAUACAAAUGCAGCUUUCACCACUAUCACUAUUACUAGGUAAACAGCUGGGGAUACCCAGCUCCAGCACUAGGCCCUACCACUUGCAGUUAGUCUGACCUUUCCAGGACUCCUAGAACUGCAGAGGGCUCAGCCCGGGCGUAAUUCCAACACUGAUACUCCUCAAGUGGAACGUUUUACCAGAACCCUGUGACGCUGCCCUGCCCGUUGCCUUCCCAGCCUUGCUGGUGCACCCUGCCCAGCCUCUUCCCCUGUCUGAUACGUCCCAUGAUGGCCCUGGGCAGUGUUUGACAUCAUCCUGGUAAUGACAGCGAGUGAACAGACAUCCUGCAGGGACAGGGCAGGCAGGCGAAGGAAGCUGGGCAGACGGGUGGUGAUGUCUGGGAGUGGCAGUAUGGCCUGGUGGCCAGCAAGCAGGGCUGGGGCCAGGAGGACAGGGCCUUACCUGCUGUAUGAUCUGGAAUAACUUCCUUGACCUGUAUUUCAGUGUCCCCAUUUGUAAAUUGGGGCUAACCCCUGCCCUACCUCACAGAGGAGGGGGUUCUGAGGUUUGAUUAGCUGCUGUUUAUGGAAAGCUAGGGAUCUUGUGGAGGGAGGCUCUGGUAGAAGUCCAGAGUCACAGUAUUUAUUUAUUUACACUCAAGCAUAUUAGCAAACAGGGCAGGAGAAGAAUAGGCAAGUUUAACUGUGGAGGGGGCAGCGAGACAUGGGGUGCCCUAGAACUGACAUGUCCUGUACCUGUGCAGAGGUAGGGCUGCAGCUUUUGUCUGGAACUGUGCGCAGUGAACCAUUCUGCUCACACUCUGCUCUGUACUUAGUACCAGGUACCAGGAUGGGAGAAAGGAACAGCUGGCCUGGCCUCUAUGGUUCCCCCUGCAGGCAAGAAGAAGAGUGGUUCCAUGCAGGAACCACUGCAAAGCUGAGCUCUGCACUGUCCAGAGCAGGCACACGCUGCACACCCCUGGAAUCCUCCCCCGCAGAGCCAAACCAGCUCUACUGCUUGCAGAGCUGCUGCCCUCAUGGAGGAAGAAUAGGGACUGGAUUUGGGCUAGAUUUUAAGAUUCCCCCAGUCUAACUUCCUGCAGCGCACAGGACGUGGUGGGGAUUAUUCCAGUCUAAUAGUUGUCACCACUACAAACUUCCUCUGGCUGCUCAGUCUGAAUGUAUUGCCCUGGAAUCCCAUUCCACGCAGCACCCUC